GAUGGCAUACUAGGAGGACGUGGAAUUCGCGUCUCUGCACAGCGAGGGUACCUACCAGGCACCGGUGGGGGACCACGGACACCUAAGGGGUCAGGAGGAACCCCCAGCGACCUGGUAUGAUAAUGAAGCUUCCCCCUCUUCUGACCUUACUUUGCCUCAUGGCAGUGGCCCUGGCUGUCGGGAACCUGGUCCAGUUCGGGGUGAUGACUGAGAGAAUGAAGGGGCAGCCUGCACUGCAGUACAUUGACUAUGGCUGCCACUGUGGUUUCGGCGGCUCCCACGGGCCAGUGGACCAGACAGACUGGUGCUGCCACGCCCAUGACUGCUGCUAUGGGAGUCUGGAGAAGCUGGGCUGUGAACCCAUGUUGGAAACGUAUCUUUUCUCUGCCAGCAGGCACGGCAUCUUCUGUGUAUGCUUUCAUACAAACCACGCUCCUGGCCCCUUGCUGAAACCUGGAGACAGAGCUAAAUCUGACGUGGCCAACCUAUAGACAGACAACAGCAAUUACUCUACACUGUCGCUGCUGUUCUCGCCUCUGUUUGUUCGUGACCUGAAAGAGAAGACUGCCACCUGAGUCGCCCGCACGGGGACACAGGCUGCACCAGUGGACGGGAAAUGCAGGGCUGACAGAUGCAAAGGGUACAGACUGCCUUUCAACAAGAACAGAGAAAACCCACCUAACAGACCAAAAAUGAUUCAUUUCCCAUUACUGCUCAAAUUUACAUUUAAAUUUAUACCCUCUUGCUGAGCUAGCAAACGAAAUCAGUUCCAUUCUCCUCAUAAACCAAUUCAAAAUGACCUAAAGAAACAUUAACCCUAGUCCAGCAGGAGGUAACACUCAAACAUGCCACAGGAUGCCUUCCUGUACAUAAUUUAUUGCCCCAGGGGAUCCUAACAAAAUCCUCAGAAGCUUAUCACAUCUUAGCCUCUGCCUGUGACCUUUUACAUUACCUUGCAUUUUGAGCUCAGAAUUUCCUGGUGAAAGUCUUUACGAUAAGUUCCAAAUUCAGUAAAAUUAAUGGUGUCAUAUACUACUCGUGGGAGUGGGGUUGGGAAGGGAGCAGUACAACCCUUCGGGGAAGCAUUUGACAAUUUACCAAAAGACCUUAAAAAGAUUCAAAUAUCCAUGCCCUUAACCUGUUAAUUCCAUUUCUGGGAUUCUAGCCAAGCAAAUAAUGCAAAAUACUAAGACUUAUACACAAAGAUGUUCACUGAAGGUGAUGGUAUUUACAAAAAAAUGGGAUUCAAUCACCUGGGUUAGCACGGAAAGCACCCACACACGCAGUAAUGUUAGGCGGGAAAUGGAGCCGAUCCGCGUGUAUGAGUAUGAAUUCACGGUAUACUUCCUUCUAGCCAUCACUGCAAAGCCCAGGCAGGACAAGUGAGGUCUUCCUUCCACUUCAUGAUAUACCCUCAUGCACUCCCUGUAUUUCCUACAGUAACCACUUUCAUAGAUCAAGAGAAAAUCACCCACUAAAUUGAGCUCCAAGUUCCCUCCACGCCACCGAAUUACAGCAGCCCACCACUUGCCCUUGCAACUCCAUCUUUCCUACCUUUGGGAGGUGAUUUUUGUUUGCUUUGUUUUCUUCACUAGGGCUGGCCCGAGACUUAUCAUUUUCAGCUCUGCCUUCAUUUAAGCCCUGAUUUCCAAAGAGUCUGGUGCCACUGCCACCCUCCUCCCAUAAAGGGUCACACUGCUUCAGCACUCGGCCACUGGACUCAAGGUUCUCCUCUGCACCUUCCGAAGAAAGAUAUUUUGUUAAAUUGAAAACCUAAGAUAGUUACACAAUGCGAUUAUUGUUAAAUGACUCCAAAAUUACCCGGGUCCCUAGAUCACUGGCAUUUGGAGAGCAAGUUUCCUUGAGGCAAAAUUCUAAUAUCAAGUCAAUACUGUGGGGAACAUAAGGAAAAAAUAAUUGGUAAAAAUCGGAAGAUAAAUUUUAAAAUAACCUGUUGACCACCAGUCUUAUCAUCAGCUUCCUACCAGCUGAGUGCUUUGUUUUGUUAGAUUAAACCACUUUUUAACAUGAAUUUUUAGGGGGAAAUCUUUCAUUUGUACUCCAAAACCAGAAAGGAAACAAGCUCUAAAGCUGUGCUCUCCAAUACAGUAGCUACAAGCCACACGUAGCUAUUUAAAUUAAAAUUAAAUAAAGUUAAAUAAAAUUUUAAACUUAGUUCCUCAGUCAGUCUCGCUUAGCCACAUGUCAAGUACAUACCAUACGGGAUAGCACAGACACUGCAUAGCAUUAUUUUAAAAUCACAAAGACCAAGUUACUUACAGCUUUCUAAGAAGGCAUAGCAAAUAUGUAAGGAGGAUAAUAAAAUACCCAAUCAGAAAACUAUAAUGCCAGGAACAGUAUGUGGCACAUAAUGUCUGGCAAUAAAUAUUGAAAUCAUUUAAAAUAAA